CUGCUGGAUGCGGACAGAGUGUGUGUGCGGCUGGCUACACUGCCUUUGGGGAGGCCUCGGCUCUUGCACCUGUCCCUCUCCGUCUCCCGUUUGGGCGAGAGCGAGCGACGCUCCUUUUUAUUUAUCAGGCAGGGCGCACAGCGGCGGAGGCGCACACACACACACACACACACACACACACACACAUUCACACACACAUCCACGAUACUGUACGCGCACACACAUACACAGGGCAGGCAGGCAACAUGACUUCAUCCUACAAUCUGGAUUUUCUGCCCGAUAUGAUGGUGGAGAGCCGCCUGCUUGUUCCCGGAGACAGAAUUAACGGCACGGCCGGGAAGAUGAACGGGGCGCUGGAGCAUUCGGACCAGCCAGACCCGGACGCCAUCAAGAUGUUUGUGGGCCAGAUCCCGCGCUCCUGGUCAGAGAAGGAGCUGAAGGAGCUGUUUGAGCCGUACGGAGCCGUCUACCAGAUCAACAUACUCCGAGACCGCAGCCAGAACCCUCCACAGAGCAAAGGCUGCUGUUUUGUCACGUUUUACACAAGGAAAGCUGCCCUUGAAGCCCAGAAUGCACUGCAUAACAUAAAGACCUUAACAGGGAUGCACCACCCUAUUCAGAUGAAACCUGCAGACAGUGAGAAAUCUAACGCGGUGGAAGACAGGAAGUUGUUCAUUGGCAUGGUGUCAAAGAAGUGCAACGAGAACGACAUCCGGGUCAUGUUCUCUGCGUUCGGACAGAUCGAGGAGUGCCGGAUCCUCAGAGGACCUGACGGACUGAGCAGAGGAUGUGCGUUUGUCACGUUUUCCACCAGAGCUAUGGCACAGAAUGCAAUCAAAGCCAUGCACCAGUCUCAGACUAUGGAGGGCUGCUCGUCUCCCAUCGUGGUGAAGUUCGCCGACACGCAGAAGGACAAGGAGCAGCGGCGUCUGCAGCAGCAGCUGGCGCAGCAGAUGCAGCAGCUCAACAGUGCGACCACCUGGGGGAGCCUGACGGGCCUGGGUGGCCUCACCCCGCAGUAUCUGGCUGUAAGGAGAGCCGCCGCGUCGCCCACCUCCACCAUCACCACCUCCUCCACCACCCCUUACUACAGCCCCAUGGCCGACGCCGCCGCAUUGCUUCAGCAGGCAACCUCCUCCGGUAACCUCGGAGCCUUCAGCGGGAUCCAGCAGAUGGCCGGUAUGAGUGCUCUGCAGUUGCAGAACCUGGCCACUUUAGCAGCGGCAGCGGCGGCGGCCCAAAACUCGGCCAGUCCCUCCACCGCAAACCCCCUGUCCACCAACGCCGCCUCCCUGGGAGCGUUGGCCAGCCCAGCGGCGGGCACCACAGCCAGCUCCAACGCCGGCGCCAUGAACUCUCUGACCUCUCUGGGCACCCUGCAGGGCCUGGCAGGCGCAACUGUGGGCCUGAACAACAUUAAUGCACUAGCAGGUAGCGUCAACAUUGCUCAAAUGCUCUCAGGUAUGGCGGCUCUAAACGGAGGCCUGGGCGGCGCAGGGCUUACCAACGGGACGGCGGGCACCAUGGACGCGCUGACGCAGGCUUACUCAGGGAUCCAGCAGUACGCCGCCGCAGCGCUGCCCACCCUCUACAGCCAGUCCCUGCUGCAGCAGCAAGGGGCCGCCGGCAGCCAGAAGGAGGGUCCCGAAGGUGCCAACCUGUUCAUCUACCACCUGCCCCAGGAGUUUGGAGACCAGGACAUACUGCAGAUGUUCAUGCCUUUUGGAAACGUGGUCUCUGCCAAAGUCUUCAUCGACAAACAGACAAACCUUAGCAAGUGCUUCGGCUUCGUCAGCUACGACAAUCCAGUGUCGGCACAGGCAGCCAUCCAGGCCAUGAACGGCUUCCAGAUCGGCAUGAAGCGGCUGAAGGUGCAGCUGAAGCGCUCCAAGAACGACAGCAAACCGUACUGAUCUUAGCACUAGGGUCUAUCUGCUCCCCAUGUUAGCACUGCUAGGAACAACCCAUCUCCAUGCCUGUUAGCUCAUCGUUUGCCUAGCAUGUCUCCGUGGCGUCCAAACAAACAAAAAAAACUUUAUAAACAAAAACAAAAAAAAAAAAUCCCCACCAAAAAAAAAAAAAAGUGUCAUCGUCCUCCUCCUCCCCCGUCAUUGUUUUUUCUGAUGUCUUUCCGAGCUCACCUGAUCAUAACCUGGUUCUCCUCCUCUUCCUCCUCCUCUUCCUCCUCCUUCGCCGCCUACUGAACUUUUGAACUUUUAGCUUUUUUGGACUUUUAUGAUUUUUCUUUCUUUUUGUGUUUUUUUUUUUCUUAUUCUUUUUUUGUUUUUUUGUUUUGCAUGUGACCUCAUUUGGAUCUGUUUUCCGGGAGGGUUUCAGGGAGGGAGGGAGGCGACAAAGGAUGGGGUGGGUAGAGAAAAAUUCAAAUCAAUGUGAAAAAGAUAUAAAAGCUGCAUUCAUAUGAAAAACAAACACAAAAAAAGAGACUGAGAUUUUUAUGGAAAUACAAAUGUUCUUUUUUGGAGAAAAAAAACAGACAAACCUGUGGCAAAGUGAUUUCCAUUCAGUAUGUUUUCCUGCAUUUUUUUUCCUUCUUCUUCUUUUUUCUUCUUUAUGUUUUUUCUUUUCUUCUUCAUUUAAAGUAAACUUGAAAGUUCACUACAGGAAUUGGCGCGUCAUCUUGCUUCUGGCGCCGGCAAACAAAAAAAACCACACAUACACACACACACACACACACACACACACACACACAUGCACACACACAUGCACACACACACAAGAGCGCGGGCCAGAAGCAGUCCGCGCCAGUUUCUCUGAAAAAUAAGACUACUUCCAAACAGUUUUGAAUAAAAACUGUCUGAUCAAUAUUAGACUCUCUCAGAGCUCUCCAAUGGUUUUUACAUUUUUCAGGCAGUGUAAAGUUUUUUGAUAAGGCCAUUUUAAGUGGCUCUGUUUCUCAUUCAAAGUCUAUAUAUAGAACCACUUUUUUCUAGAGUAGUUUAAAGGUAAAAAUAAAAAAAGACAUUUGCCCUGUUUGGGUGGGAGAAAUGCUACCUACUUGUGUCACCUUUUGCUGAACUGACUCACAGAUAGACAAUCCGUGGUUUAAAUGCACAUGAUGAAAUGACCUAUAUUUUCUACUGUUUAAAUGUAUAGAGGAAAAAAAAAUACUAAGAUACCUGUAACCUGCGUUAACGUCGGUGCUUCUCGUGAGUUUAGUUGUGGUUUCAUCACAAGUCUAACGGUCUUAAAUGUCUCAUGUUUUUCAAGAGAAGACUAAAAAAUCAGUUUACUUGAACAAUAGACAAAGCCUUUCAUAUUACUAUAAUAGUUACUUUGUUGUUUCUUUUCUUUUUAUUUCCUCUUUUUUUAUUUUUAAGGAGUCCCUAUUUGCUAAAUUUCUUGUUGGUUAAUUAGCUAUAUAAAAUUCCUAAAAAUAUAUAUAAAUAUAAAUAUAUCUAUAUAUAUAUAAUGUCAGCUUGUGAAGCAUCAAUGUCAUUAUUAUUUUAUUUCUCUCGUGGGAAACAAUAUUUAGAUGUGUUUUGUUGUUCAGCAAAAUGUCUUAUAAAGAAAAAAAGACAAGAUCAGUGGAGUUUAGUGCCAAAUUCUGAAGGUACUUCCUGCCUAGCGCGUCAGUGUAUUUCUUGUGAAAUUAUUUGAUAACAUGGGUAUUUUAUUAUAAGUGUUUUGUAUGGAUCCCUCAUAUUUAAAAUAUAGAUUUAAAAAAGAGUUUGUUAACUUGCUAUUCUGUGGUCUUGUUGCCUGAAAAUGUCAUGUUUGCUUUUUUUCUUUGUAAAGAUGUAAAAAAACAAAACAAACAAACAAAAAAAAAAGUGCCCAUGUGUCAUAUAUAUAUAUCUAUAUACACGCACACACGGACACGCACACACUCACACACGCACACACACAUACUCGUGCAGACCUCACAGUUUACUUUCUUGUUGUGCGUGAGAGCCCCUGAGUGUGAAAGCCUCUACAGCAACCGCUACCGCCCGCCAGCGUGCACACACACACUUUAAAAAAACACACACACACCAGAAUCACGCACUGAUAUUUUUAGCCAUUGUACAGCCGUUUUUAUUCAUCAAAGCCUUACCACAAAUCUUUGCACUCCUGUUCUCUCUAUUAGUAUCUGGCGCGCACAGACAUCAGGCUUCGGCAUGUAUUGUUUUGAUUGUCUCCCUCGCACGCUGUCCCGCUCCUCAGCCGAGGAAAAAAAUUGAGGUGAUAGUCAUACGCGAAGCCUUAUUUCUCCAAAAUCCUCUUAUCCCUUUUGUUCAAAAACAUCUCUGAGUUGUAGCUGGGCGCCGUUUGUCUCAGACGGCGGGGAUCAUUACUUUUGUGUAUCACCUCAGACGCUCGCUUUCAUGAUGUAAGCACAGGGCAAGACUCGCUCACUCACAAACGAGCCUCGAUCUCUUGAGGGAAAAAAAAAAAGCACACGCCGCCGUCAGAUAGUCAAAGGAGAGAGGCGGGACGGUCCGGAGCAAGUUUUUUUACUCGUUUGAUUUCUCGACUUAUCCUUUGACGUCUCUUUUGUAAGACUUCUCCAUACGUGAGUCUUGUGGUGUAAUGGGCCAAAAUCAUGUUUAGAUGCCAAAGUGUGUUACUGACAUUCUCAUAGUCGAGCCGUUUACAUGGCACAGUGUUGUCAGUCUCUUCAACUGCCCCCGACACCCCCUCCCUGAAAGCCUAGUUUACGGUCUGCAAAAAAAAAAGGCAGCAUUAUUUUCUACAGAAGCUCACCAGUCGCCUUAACCAGGGAGCGUCGUACCAGUAUUAUAAGAGUAGAAGAUGUUGUCAGUCAGUCAGUCAGUCAGUCAGUGAUGUGUGCCAAGUCCAGGUUCACUUUUGUGUACAGUUAACCUCCCACUUGUCAGAGUCUGGGUUUUGCUCUUCCGCCAUUUCGUCCGGUCGGACGGAGCAGAGAGGCUGAAAUGGCCGUUUGUCCUCGCAGCGGUGGAGGAGGAGAGGAAACGAGGCGCCUGUUUGAAGGAUGCCGCUCUCCGUCUGGUUGUUGUCUCCCAGGCUAACUGGGGUUAUUAGAAACAGGGCUGUGUGCAGAGACGUCUUAUUGGAAUAGCGACAGGGGAAAUAAAGCGCUUGUUGGUUGGAGAGGAAAGGGUCACGUCCGCAGGUCCACACAGGCAGAACAACAGCCACAGCCAAGAUGAAGGCAAUACAGCUUUCAUUAUCCUCUCAAAGACCAAACCCAAUACCAAACUUUAUGUGAUCUCAUGGAGGGAGGCGAGCAGACUUUAUUUCCUAAAUGCAGUACACACAUGAGCAGUGCCACAAACCAGCCCAGUCGCCACAAGAACAUGUUGGAGUUGUACAUCUCUGAGAACCAUGGAUGUGUUACAUUUGCUUAGUUGGCGUUGUUAAAGUGAAGUAAUGUAUGAGUUGACGUUGUGAUCAUGACUUGGAGGGGAUGGUGCAUGGUGUGACACCCAGGCAAGACACCUGCACAGCUGCAGACCACUGUUAGAGACCAAUGAGUGAGUCAUUGCUGCAUUUUCAGAUGUGGGUGCUGUUCAGUGACCAGUCGCUGUGUUUCCCCCGGGGUUAGUGCCAUGAAGAGUGGAUGGUUUUUAAUGAGACAUGGUUAUGUUUUCAGCCUGGGAAGUACAAGAAAAAGCUGUUGUUUUUGUCAAGACAUCACUGCAUUUCCAGCAGGGAUAAGCCACCGAAAAGCGGUUGGGUUUUAACAAGACACAGCUGCGUUUCCAGCUGGAAUAGUGCGACAACAAGCAGUUGUUUUCACUGAGACAUCACUGCCUUUCCAGUUGGGAUUGUGCAAUGUUAAACAGUUGUUUUUGAUUGAGACUUCACUGCAUUUCCAGUGCAGGUAUUGCAACAAAAAGCAGUUGUUUUUUAACAAGACAUAGCUGAGCUUCCAGCUGGAAUAGUGUGAAAACAAAUGGUUGUUUUUUAUGGAGACAUCACUGCAUUUCCAGCCCGGAAAGUGCAACGAAAAGUGUUUGGUUUUAAUCAAGACAUCACUGUGUUUCCAGCUGGGACAGUGUGACAACAAUUGGUUGGUUGUGUUUUUUUAACUGAGACAUCACUGCAUUUCCAGCCAGGCUAGUGCGACUAAGAUUGUUUUUAAUCAGGAUGUCACUGCCUUUCAGGUGAGGAUAGUGCAACGAAAAGCGGUUGUUUUUUAAAAAGACAUAGCUGCCUUUAAACAACAAGCAGUUGUUUUUUUAUUGAGAUGUCAGUGCGUUUCCAGCCAGGAUAGUACAACGUUUAGCAGUUUUUGUUUUUGUUUAGAAAUCACUGCAUUUGCAGGCUGGAUAGUGCAAAAAAAAGUGGUUAGCUGUUAUCGAGACAUUGCUGCAUUUUCAGUCAGACAAGUGCGAUGAAAAGUGAUUGUUGUUAAUCAAGAGAUAGCUGCGUUUCCAGCCAGGCUAGUGCAAGGAAAAGUGGUUAUAUUUAAUCAAGACGUCACUGUGUUGCCAGCCGCUAUAUUACGAUGAAAAACGGUUGUUUUUUAACAAGACAUGGCUGCAUUUCCAGCUGGGUUAGUGCGACGAAAAGUGGUUGUUUUACAUCAAGAAAUUGCCAAGUUUCCAGCAAAGAUAGUGUAAUGAAAAGCAGGUGUUUUUUCCGAAGACAUGGCUGCAUUUCCAGCAAGGUGUGGAUUUUAAGCCAAAACCUGAUCUUUUCGGAAACAUAACCAAGUGGUUUUUGCGCCUAAAUCCAACCACGUUAACCACAGCGUUACUGGAAUGUAAAGACACGUAAAGUUUAAAAGUAUCUGCUACAUAAAUAUGUACAAAUGUAACAUAUCCAUGGUUUGCAAAAAAAAACGUACAAAGCCAACAUUGAUUCUGGCGAUUGGGUUGCACAAACAGCCAUAACUACCUGUAUGAAAGCUGGGCAGGAGGUCCCAGUCCAAUCAGUGUUAACGGACCACUUUUCUGACCAGCACGUGUGCAGGUUUCACGUCGCAACCGCUGCAAAACCUUUGUAUCCGAGAAUUGCACAUUUCACAUUGUCACCUCACUCUCGCACAAUUCGCGUAACUUUUUCUUCGUUAAGUGUGGAGGCUACAUAAUCUGUGCUGUUCUAGUCGAGUCACGGCCCACUACUUUACACGGCUGUGUGUGUGUGUCCCAAAAACUAUGUUGCCAAAUCUCACCGAGUUGCACACAGCCUGACGUCGCACGGUCCAGCGUGAAGCAUCUUGUCUCUGUUUCAAUGUCGAAGCACAAGAGGGUCGUAGGGGCAGAGUACCUGUUGAGCGGCUCACCUCAGGGGCUGUCAUCGCCGAUGCUCGUUGUAAUCUUUCUAUCUCGUCACUGUUCACUUCUCUGUUCUCCUUCUUUCUUAAUUAUCUUAAGUGCUAUUUAUCAAACAAUGAAAUCUGAAAGGAAAAAAAAAAUUGAACUUGUCGUUUCUUUGCAUUAUGGCUUAUGUCAAGUUUUUUGAGGAAAAAUGUUUUGUGUGUUCUCUCUUUCCGUGCCGUAAAAAAAAAGAAGCUUGUUGUCUGUAGAAAUUAUCCAAAUUUAUUUUUUAAUUUUGUUGUUGUUCUUUUGUUUUCUUUUAAUUCUCAAAGAGGUUUUCAGUAGUUUCAGAGUUAUUGUCUUGAGAGAAGCCAAAGUCAAUGCAUUUCAGUGGAUCCUGUAAGCGUGAUGUAUGUUUGUUUGACAACACUUCGAAAUCUGUCACUGGAUGGGAUUUAAAAAGUACAAAAAAUGCAGGCUUUCCUAUUUCUACAACUGAUUGUACUUAUGCAUUUUGUACCAGUGGAAUUUUUUAUACUGGAGAUUAAAGGAUACAACAAAAAAAUCUUAGAAAAAAAGCUGUCUGGCCUGGUGGUGUGGCCUGACCCUGACUGGUCCCCGAGUAUGAUUUCUAGCUGGCAACAAGGAAGUUGGCUUUUGAUAUAAGAUUUUCUAGGAGAUCUUUGGCUUUAUUUCUUUCACUUCUUUUUCCUCACUUGAGUGUUUCUUUCUGCCUUCCUUUCGUUCUUUCUUUAAUUUUUUCCGAAAACAGAGGAUAGGUGAGUGUCAGAUCUUUCAUUUUUUGCUUUUUAAAUAGUUCUAGCAAGUUUGUCUAUACAACAGCGGUAAGUUUCAUUUGACUUCUGUAUUGUGCCGUCUACACGAUAAGACAAUUAUAGAAAAAGAAGGAAUAGAAAUAUUUAGUCACCUUCAGUGGAUUAAUGUAUUAGUUUAAUAAAGAGAUCAACUAAUUAGAAACUUUUUUGCUUUUAGCUGUUUAGAUUUUUCCGGUUUCUCUGUCCUUCUCUGUGAACUAACUGUGUAGCUGAAGCAGUCAGAAUUAUUUUUGUAAACGUAUGUUCUUGUGUGAUGCAGUUUUUUGCUUCUGUCUCCUAUAUUAAACCAUUUUUCCUAAUA